AUGCUAACCGAACAGACAGAGACAGUCGAGAAUCCCUUAAACCGGGAACCUCCCGUGAAAGAGUUGAUCGAAAGUUUCCUGACCCCCCCUUCAAUAAGCUACGACCGUAACCAUGGCCCAAUCCCCCACCUCUCAUCCUCGACACACACCCUCCAUGUCAACGGACAGGUCAAGCAUCCGCUCUCGCUAUCCAUGCACGCCCUCUCCACCGAGUUCGCCCAGCACGAGGUGACCUGCGCGCUCGAAUGCGCCGGGAACAGACGGCACACGAUGCGCACGCUCCUCAAGGAAGUCCAGGGGAUCGAUUGGGGGGAUGGCGCGGUGAUGAACUGUUCCUGGCGUGGGCCGCGAUUACGAGAUAUUCUACUUCGUGCGGUGAUACAGCAUGGAGGAGGAAGAAGAAGAAGCGAAAGGAAAGAUCUACAUGUCGCCUUUUCGUGUUACCAGGAACGAUGCCAGGAAGACGACUGGUUCGGGGGGAGUAUCCCUUUAUCAAGAUGUAUGAGGGAGGAUGCAGAUAUAAUACUUGCUUUAAAGAUGAAUGAUGAUCCCCUUCCAAUCGAACAUGGAUACCCCCUUCGGAUCAUCCUACCAGGCAUCGCAGGCGCGCGGUGGGUGAAAUGGCUCGACGCAAUCACCGUCCAACCUCACGAAUCUACCAAUUUCUACCAACAGCACGACUACAAGAUCCUCCCUCCCGAAGCUGUGGAUACGUUCUCCGCGGAGAAAUUCUGGGCGCGCGUCCCGGCAAUGGCUGAGAUGCCGAUCAAUUCGGUGGUCGCCCUGCCAGAGGGGGAGGUCGUGGUUUCUUCUCUGAUUGAAGUGAAAGGGUAUGCCGUUCCGCAGGGCGAUAGCGGGCCCGUCACUGGAGUUCAAGUCUCGAUGGACGAGGGGAAGACGUGGAUCGAAGCACGUCUGGACGAAUCCCAGGCCCGGAGUAAGUGGUGCUGGGUCCUUUGGACGGCGCAGAUUCCAGUCUCUCCCUCGCAUAAAGGACACCGGGUGAUUCUUAGCAGGGCAACGGAUGCAGGAGGAAAUACACAACCGGAUCAUUCGCAGUGGAAUCUGCGCGGGGUGGCUUAUAAUGGGUACGGGAGGUCGAAAGUGACUUUGAUCUAG